CUUUGUGGGCGAUGGAAAAUUGUAUGUGCAAUCGUACUCUGGCGGGGGGCUCUAGUGACUAAUGUGUGAUUACGUGUCUAUAGAGUGCUGGAUCUGAAAAAUGAAAAUAAAAGCGAAGAACAGAGAAAACGAGACCAUAAACGAUACAUGAACGAAUGAAUGAGUGAAUGAAUGAACGAACCGCCAAGGGGCAACAAAAAUGAAUUAACGAACGAACGACCGGCGGCCCUAACGGCGGUAUGAAACUAAGCGAACGAGUGAUGGACAAUGAAACGAAACAACGCUAAGAUCACUCAUGAAACGAUCGCCCAACUCAAGGCGGGGGGAGAAAAACUCUUCACUUCAGCAACCUCACUCUCACUAUCGCGCACUCUGUCUAUUUAUAUAUCAACGACACGAAAAGAUGAGAAUGUCCUAACGCCCCCCUCCCAGGUACGUCUCCCAUACAUGAGCAAACACAAACAGCUAACAAAGAAAAGACAAACUUCGGCUACGGAACCACCGGCCCUCCUGGGUCUCACCCCUUUCUUUCGUGCCUUCCUUCCAAUCCACCAUCCGCUAUCGUUCCAAUGGACGCACGUCCCCAAAGACUCCCGCGAUCGAAGCGCUUUCCCAAAAAGCCAAACUGCGCGGGCAGAAGCCUAUAUGUCCAAAGCCAUAUCGCGCCCAAAACCCAAGGGCGCUACUGAAGAGUGUGCGAACAAACCAACCAGACCAUCAGAAGAGCAUGCCGAGAAGCACCUCACAAUUUCCAAGAGGUAGUAAGAAUAAGAAUAAUAAAGAGAUUAGGUCAAACAAGUGUCAAUUCGAAGGUAUUAAUGAAGGACACGGACAACUUCUGUAAUGUGGAAAGAGGGGCUUUGCUUGGGGCGCUAGACUAGGUGCGAAAUAAAGGAAAUCGACUGAUAUUGGGCUUGGAGAUUGCAGAUGCCCGGUGGGGGUCACAGACCCGGGUAUGAAUAUUCGAGUGAACGCCGCAUGAGGUAAUUCGAAAUUUUGAAGAACGCGGCGCAAGGCUUCCAAGGUAUUCGGUGGCAGCAGGAUAGGUGGGAUCGAAGAAGCGAGCAGUUGCCCGUUUGGGGUGUGGAAUAGAGUAUGGUUGUGGGGCGGCAGACUGCCGGGAACACGGCGCACGGAGGCAGGAGUUGGGCUUUCUAGCAGCCGUCGCGCGAAAUACCAGUACGAGGAAGAGUGAACGAAUACGGCAUGUGAAAGGGGCAACAUCAAGGAUCGGU